AUGCUCACGAGCGUUGUUCCUGGCAACAUCAUGUAUCCCAAGACGGCAGCGUUCCUGGCGGGUGCCUUGACCCUCACCCUCACCCAAGUGCACAUGGUCACUGCAACACCCUUCCCCCAACCUCAACCGCAACCUCAACAGAAGCACAUCGGGACUGUCGACUCUAGCUCUGCUGCAGCUUCGUCUCAAGCUGAAUCUGUCUCAAACCAGGGGAGACGAGAUGCCGUCAAACAGGCCUUUCGGAUCUCUUGGGAUGGUUACUACAAAUAUGCUUUUCCGCAUGAUUCGCUGAAGCCGGUGUCGAAUUCUUGGGAAGAUGACCGAAACGGCUGGGGCGCCUCGGCAAUCGACGCAUUCUCCACCGCCCUCGUCAUGCGCGACUGGCCUGUCGUCUCCCAAAUCCUCUCCUACGUCCCCAAAAUCGACUUCACCACAACCUCCACAGAAAUCUCCCUCUUCGAAACCACCAUCCGCUACCUCGGCGGUCUUCUCUCCGCCUACGACCUGUUGAUGAGCCCUCCUCUGGUCUCCGAUCCCGAUUUCAACUUCACCUCCAAACAAACAGACGCUAUCCUCUCUCAAGCCAUCUCACUGGCAGACGCACUGUCAGUGGCAUUCGACACACCCUCCGGCAUCCCCGAUAACGUGCUCGUCUUCGACCCGAAAACCGGUCCGAGGAGGGUUGGUCAAAAGACCAACGGCAUAGCUACCAUUGGCACCUUGGUGCUGGAAUGGACGCGUCUUUCCGACCUCACUGGCAACAGCACCUACGCGCGACUUGCCCAGCGCGCGGAGUCCUUUCUGCUGAACCCCCAACCUAAGGCCAUUGCGGAACCUUUCCCGGGCCUGCUGGGAACAAACGUUGAUAUCUCCACGGGUCUAUUCGUCGAUAGCUCAGGCGGCUGGGGCGGCGGGACUGAUUCGUUUUACGAGUACUUGAUCAAGAUGUACUUGUACGACCCAGACCGGUUUAGUUUGUAUCGCGACCGCUGGACACUGGCUGCCGACUCUUCGAUAAAAUACAUCGCUUCGCACCCUAGUACCCGCCCGGACCUAACUUUUCUCGGAGGCUGGCGCAACAAGACCCUUCGCUUUUCGUCAGGACACCUGGAUUGUUUCGACGGCGGCAACUUUAUCCUCGGCGGGCUCACCUUAUCUUCCUCCAAAUAUCUGGAGUUUGGUCUCGAACUAGUCAAGUCCUGCGCGGAAACCUACAGUUCCACAACCACAGGCAUCGGCCCCGAACUUUUCUCCUGGCAAGACUCCCGCACGCCGCUAAACGCCAGUAACAACCCGGUCCCUCCGUCAGCUGAAAAAAAGGCAUUCUACGAGGAAAACGGGUUCUGGAUUACCAACGGACAAUAUGUUUUGAGGCCGGAAGUCAUUGAGAGUAUGUAUUAUGCGUGGAGGGCGACUGGCGACGAAAAAUAUAGGGAGUGGGCGUGGGCGGCUUUUCUCGCGGUGAAUGAGACUACGAGCGUUGAGGACAGGGGGUAUAGCAGCGUGGAUAAUGUUAAUGAGAGGGGAGGGGGGAGCAAGACGGAUUUCCAGGAAAGUUUUUGGUUUGCGGAGGUGUUGAAGUAUUGUUGGUUGAUUUUUCAGGAUGAGGACGACCCCUGGCAAGUCAAGUCUGAUCGCACAAACCAGUUCGUUUACAACACCGAGUGCCACCCCCUCAGGUUGGCAAAGGGACGUGAGACCCAGCCCUCUUCUUCGUCGUCGGGUUCUGGUUCCAGUUCCGGUUCCGGGUCAGGUUAUGGCUCAGGCGGCGACCGGGGCGGAAAGAACAAUGGACACGGCCACCACCAAGGUGGACACCAGGAAGGGCAAGGUGUGUGGAGGUAUGGAGAUGACGACGGGUAUGGAAACGGGAAGGGGAGGGAGAAGAAGAGGUUUUCUGGUCCUAGGCAUGCGUAG